AUGGUAAAUGUAAACGGGACAAAUGGCGAAAGCUAUGGCGACUCCGGGCYUGACCAUCGUACGGUGCCACCAAUGGGUAUGACGGGAGAGCAAUUCAAGACCGCUGCGGCUUCAGUCACGAGUGAAAUUGAGCAGUAUUACUCGGAACUGUCUUCACGACCCGUUUUGCCCUCAAUUUCGCCAGGAUAUCUGCAAAAACUUCUCCCAGCAUCACCACCGGAAACUGGCCAGUCAUGGCAGGAUAUUGAGAAGGAUAUCGAGCGAACAAUCAUGCCCGGAAUGACCAACUGGCAGAGUCCCAAGUUCAUGGCCUUCUUCCCUGCGAGUAGUACAUAUCCUGGGAUGCUAGGCGAGAUGUGGAGCGCAGCAUUGACCGCACCUGCUUUCAAUUGGAUCUGCUCUCCAGUUGUGACCGAGCUGGAAACCAUUGUUCUGGACUGGAUGGCUCAGGCACUUGACCUACCGAGCGCUUUCCACUCGAAAGAAGCUGGUGGUGGUGUCAUUCAAGGUUCUGCCUCAGAAGCCAUUGUCACCGUCAUGGUGGCUGCUCGUGAACGUUACAUACGCCGACAAGUGGAACGUGAAGGAUUAAAAGAUGUAGAGGAGAUUGAAGACAGAUCAUGCGAGAUACGUUCCAAGCUUGUAGCUUUGGCAUCAGAUCAGGCACAUUCAUCCUCCCAGAAAGCAGCAACGAUUGCAGGAACUCGAUUUCGAAGCAUUGCCACACACCAUGCUGAUGCGUAUGCCAUGAAAGGACAGAACAUACGCCAAAAGAUUGAAGAGCUGCUAGCAAAGGGUCUACAUCCAUACUAUUUGACAGUGUCGAUCGGGACCACCGCUACUUGCGCAGUGGACGACUUUGCAUCCAUUGCCGAUGUUGCGCGAGACUAUCCUGAUAUUUGGAUCCACUGCGAUGCCGCGUAUGCUGGCGCGGCGCUUGUUCUUCCAGAAUACCAGCACCUCUCGCACCAAAUGAAACUUGUGGACUCAUUCGACUUCAACAUGCACAAGUGGCUGUUGACAAAUUUCGAUGCUUCCUGUCUGUAUGUGCAGAACCGACGAGACCUCACCGAUGCCCUGAGCAUUACACCAUCAUAUCUUAAGAACCAAUUCACCGAAACCGGUCUUGUUACGGACUAUCGGGACUGGCAAAUACCGCUUGGAAGAAGAUUCCGUUCAUUGAAGAUCUGGUUCGUGGUGAGGACCUGGGGUAUCAAAGGCCUGCAAGAACAUAUAAGACAUCACAUCGCUCUGGGAAACCUCUUCGCCGAUCUUGUGAGAGGCAGGAGCGAUCUGUUCAGUAUACUAUCACCUCCGGACUUCGCCCUCACGGUUCUGACGAUCAAUACUCGCAAUUCGCAAAAUCCGCAAUUGGGCGCUAAGGACAGUGCCGACGAAGAGAAGAUAGAAGACCCCGGCAAGCUUCCUUCCCAGUCCAACACCAGUGAUGCGACGYUAAAGGCCAGGAAUGAGAUCACUAUGGAGGUUUUCGCCCUGAUAGAUGAGCGGAAAGAGUUCUUCCUCACCUCUACCGUUGUCAACGGCGUCAGUGCAAUUCGCGUUGUGGCUGCGAAUCCACUUGCCGAGGAGAAGUAUGUUAGGAAAGUGUUUGAAGAUCUGGUGGCGACGACUGAGGAGGUCAUAUCGAAGCGCCUGCUGUAG